UAAAGCGGGAUGUUUUGGAGAGGGGAGGUCAUUGGAAAGUGAGGCUGUCUGAUUGCGUUUCGGGGGCAGAAGUGAUACAGGUGUCAGUGUUUCUGAUACCACAGGAAGCUCUCUUUAACCCGAGCCAGGUUUAUUCAAGUGACUCGAGCUAGAAAUGUUGCGUUUAGCGCUGAGACUGCGGCCGGUGAGCAGGGUUAGCCGCCCGGGUGUCCUCUCAGGCCCUGCUGCCGGAGCUCGCGCCGGACCGGUACCGUGUCACAGGAGUGGCGCGUGCCGCGUCCGGGCUCUGAGUUCCUGUAACCCGGUUCACUCCGGCUUCCUGCAGUGCACAGCGCGCGCCGCCCAGACUCACAGCGCCGCGUUCAGUCAGAGCCAAAGAGUCUGCAGUCUACCGCCGCACCAGAAGGUGGAGCUCCCUGCUUUAUCUCCCACCAUGCAGUUGGGCACCAUCGCUCGCUGGGAGAAGAAGGAGGGAGAUAAAAUUAAUGAGGGAGACCUGAUCGCUGAAGUUGAGACAGACAAAGCCACUGUAGGAUUUGAGAUGCUGGAGGAGUGCUAUCUCGCCAAGAUCCUGGUGGCGGAGGGUACAAGAGACGUGCCAAUCGGAUCAGUCAUCUGUAUUACUGUUGACAGCCCUGACCUCAUCCCAGUGUUUAAGGACUUUACUCUGGAAAAACUGGCCGCCUUAACUCCAACAGCAGCAGCAGCAACUCCAGCUCCAUCAGCUGCUUCCUCCACUCCUUCUCCUCCACAGGCUCCUGGGAGCUCGUACCCACCACACAUGAAGAUUCUUCUGCCAGCUCUUUCCCCCACCAUGACGAUGGGCACAGUGCAACGCUGGGAGAAGAAAGUGGGAGAAAAACUAAAUGAAGGCGACUUGCUUGCUGAAAUCGAGACUGAUAAGGCUACAAUUGGUUUUGAGGUACAGGAAGAGGGCUACCUGGCUAAGAUCAUGGUGUCUGAGGGAACCAGAGAUGUUCCUCUAGGUACCCCUCUGUGCAUCAUGGUAGAGAAAGAGUCUGACAUUCAGGCGUUUGCGGACUAUGUCGAGACCGGUGUGGCCACCAGCACACCCCCAGCUCCUGCACCGGUGGCAGCUCCAUCUGCUCCAGCAACUCCUGUGGCCGCCCCGACCGCGGCUCCUGCUUCAGCUGCUGCCGCUAGGAAGGGCAGAGUGUUUGCAAGCCCUCUGGCCAAAAAACUGGCUGCUGAAAAAGGGAUUGACCUCUCACAGGUCACUGGCUCUGGACCAGACGGAAGAGUAACCAAGAAAGACAUUGAGAACUUUGUCCCAGCCAAGGCAGCGAUUCCUCCAGGUGUUCCAGCAGCAGCUCCCACUCCUGCUCGUGCACCUGCAGCUCCAGCUGUGGCACCUGUACCCACCGGCACCUUCACCGACAUCCCAAUCAGCAACAUCCGCAAAGUGAUUGCUCAGAGGCUAAUGCAGUCGAAGCAGACUAUACCUCACUAUUACUUGUCUGUGGAUAUCAACAUGGAACAGGUUCUGGACCUCAGAAAAGAGCUCAAUGAGGAGGUCAAAGCCGACAAUAUUAAACUGUCAGUCAAUGAUUUCAUCAUCAAGGCAUCAGCGCUGGCAUGUUUAAAGGUUCCAGAGGCCAACUCAUCUUGGAUGGACACAGUUAUCCGACAAAAUCAUGUGGUGGAUGUUAGUGUUGCAGUCAGCACACCCAAUGGUCUGAUCACUCCUAUUGUAUUCAACGCUCAUAUUAAAGGAUUAGCAGGUAUCAGUAAAGAUAUAACUGCACUGGCUGCAAAGGCCCGUGAAGGCAAGCUGCAGCCGCAUGAAUUCCAGGGUGGCACCUUCACAGUCUCCAAUCUAGGCAUGUACGGUAUCAAGAACUUCUCUGCAAUCAUCAAUCCUCCUCAAGCCUGUAUCCUGGCAGUGGGAGGCUCAGAAAAGAGGUUGCUGCCUGCAGACAAUGAAAAAGGGUUUGACGUGGCCAGCAUGAUGUCUGUGACUCUCAGCUGUGAUCACCGGGUGGUGGAUGGUUCCGUCGGAGCACAGUGGCUGGCCGAGUUCCGCAAAUUCCUGGAGAAACCCGUCACUAUGUUGCUUUGAGGUGUUUUUAGCCUAAAACACAGGACUCACAGAACAAAGGAGAUCUCAAAUGUUACACGCUCGGGAUUUUGCUUCCCCCCCCGCCCCAAUCUCUUAUUACACACCUUAUGAGAACUGUAUUUAAAUCAUUUUAAAUAAAAGCUUUACCAUGUUAGGCCCUGGAAUAGUCCCUCAACUCAGAGUAGCACAUUUAUUGUAGAUCUGUAUUUAAUUUAGGAAGAACUGUUGGAAAAGGCUGUGUGUCAUAAAUUUAAGGCGAUUCUCUCAAGAUUUUGACACUUUUUUUCUGUUGCCAUUGUCUCAAUUUCUUUAAAAAGUGCUACAUUGGAAGAAUGAAGGUGUGCACUGUUUUCCAAAGAAAGAAAUGAAAUACUCCCAUCUGUACAUUUCUGUGCCAAAUUAUCUUAUAAACAGAUUGUAAUGAGGUUGUAUGAAUUAGAGAUAAUUUCUCUGUGUCCAAAUUUGAUCCUGACGUUCUGAUAAAAAAAUAACCAAUGGUUUCCUUAAGGGUGACCUGUAAAAACUUUUGUCACUGAAAUGCUGGAAGCCUUUAUUUAUUAUAAAACACUUUCACUCCAGACAAAGCACCCUAGUGCCUUUGCUCUGUUAUUAUUGCUAUAAUUUUUGUUUCUGUUAAUGUGGCAAUAUUUUAAUGUCUAUUUCUGUAUUAAUAAACGCACAAACAUGCAGAACCGAGCGAAAAAACAGAUCUCACAACUGAACUGAAACCUUGAACUGUAAUAGUUGUUUAUCAAUUCAUGAUACUCUAAGUGAAAAGAGUUUUAUUCAGUCCAUGAAGACUUGGUGGGCACAGCGAGGGUGAUCAAAAAAUGUUUAAAUAUGAUGUAAAAGGAAAGAGAACUAUGUUGCAUAUGGUAAAUAAUUAAAGAACAUAAACAUAAAAUGUUUUUGAAACUA